AUGUGGCACGAAGCCCGAAAGCAAGAGAAACAUAUUCGGUCAAUCCUGAUUGAUUACCGGAAGAGGGCUGAACGUCGUCAGGAUUUCUAUGCCAGAAUCAGACAAGAUCCCAUAAAGUUUUUGAGGGUCUAUGGCACGCGAGCCAAGAUAAAUCUUGAUGCUGAUAUUGUGAAGGCUGCAGAAAAUCCGAAGACGAUACUGACCACCCUUGAGAAGAUAGAAGAACGCCUCUGCAACUACGAAAGAUACCGGUGCCUGGUUCAAAACGACUUUCUGGCAGGUGCUAUCCCUCACAUUACUGAAGCCAUGACUCUCAAGCAAAUCGAGACGGACGAGAAAUUUGGCGAUGCCGAUGAACGUAAGAAGGUCAAGGAGGAAGAGGAAGAAAAGAAGAAGAAACAACUUGAGGGCAAGGCUGCAAUAAACUUUGUGUACGAAGAAAAUGAGCCCAGCAGCGGGACUGCCAAUCCAGCCGCAGGAGAGUCUUCUGAAUCUGAAUGUGAAGCUGACAGCGAUAUGGAUAUUGAGUACAAAAUGAAGAGCUCGGAUUUUAUCCGACUGCUUGACGCCGAUCAGCAACUGGAGACCGAACUGCGUCUGGCCAAAGCUAUGGAAGAGGAGAAAUCGCACCUG